AUGAAUCCCUCUCAAGACGCCGGUCCCUCUCGUCAGGCCACUUUCGAACUCGAGGACCAGAUGUCUACCACUCCCGGCAGGAAACGCGUUGGUUGGCAAGCAGAACACCCCGCUGUACGAGCAACACAGUCACCUGAGGACACUGGCUCUGCCGGGCAAAACACCCCUCUCGUGCGGAAUGAUGUAUCACAUGAUGAUCUCCAGAAGAUCCGUGCCUCGCUACGCUUAGCUCUUGGAAACGAACAUCUACCAGAAGAGGUUAUCCAGGAACCUAUCACUGCUCCAAAGGAUGUACAGAAACCCCGACCAGCCAUUCGGAAGCCAGGCCCUCGGACUCCGCCCCCGGAGUUCUACCUCAACGACCAACCAAAUCCAUUCGACGACCAGAAUGCGGCAGCGACGCCUUCAGUGCACCAGGAGCUCAAGGAGAGAUCUGGACUCGCUGCUCAACGCCGUGCGGCAAGAUUGUCGAAGUCAGUGGGCACUUACUCUGCUCCAGUAUCCCGGCGAAACUCCAAGGAGCUGGCUUCUCCACCAGUUGAACUCCAGAAUCUGUCAAAGCAGUACGAAUCAGUCGGCGAAACGACUGACGACGACGAUGAAGACCCGCAGUUCAUGAAGCGCGCAUCCAUGCUCCUUCGUCAGCACACCAUACGCGCUGCUAAUGGACAGCCCGCAUUGAGCGCCGAGGAUCUUUACCAUACCGAAGCCCCAUUACGUUCAGGCCAGGUGACACCGGAUGCUAUGGAGGUUGAGGACGAACACGUCGUUCGUCCUACCAAGUACCGGACAGGAGUAUUGGGUACCCUAAUGAAGAUGUCUAGUAACGCGGCGCCACCUUCGUCAUCUUCGUCAUCACGCAAACCCAUCCAUCACCGAACCCUCAGCACCAGCACGUUCAGCGGAGCUUCGACUGCUGCGAACUCACCCAACCCCUCACCACCCGCUUCCGGAUAUUCUACCCCGCGCGGAGGACGUCCCUGGUUCAGGAGUCACUCCAACAACCAGUCCGCAACUUCCAUCUCGCACUUGGUCGGAUCGUCGGCGCACAGCUUUGCGGCGCCUGCACAACAAGAACUGGGUCAGGAGUAUGAUCAACAAUACAAGAAGACCGCGGCGCGCCCUGGCAUGGGAAAGCGAUCCAAGUCAGACGAGUCUAUACUCCCGUUCAAGAAGAACAAGAGAAAGGAAGAGGAGAUCAAGAUUAAAAUCCAUCUCGCUGGUACACUCGCGCGUCAGAACUAUCUCCGCAAGCUGUGCAAAGCGCUCAUGAUGUACGGAGCCCCCACUCAUCGACUGGAGGAGUACCUGAACAUGUCGGCUCGUGUCUUGGAGAUCGAAGCACAGUUCUUGUACAUGCCAGGUUGCAUGAUCGUCGCGUUCGAUGACUCCUCUGUUCACACCAGUGAGGUCAAGCUCGUUCGAACUAGUCAGGGUGUCGAUCUCGGUAAACUGCACGACGUCCAUGAGAUCUACAAGGACGUGGUACACGACAGGAUUGGCGUCGAAGAAGCCACACCUCGACUUGACGCUAUCAUGGGGCGCAAAGACAAGUUCAACAAAUGGCUUCGCGUACCGAUGUACGGUUUGGCAUCCGCGACUGUAGGGCCCUUCGCGUUCCAGGCUCGGUUUGUCGACUUACCCUUCUGCUUCCUCUUGGGUUGCCUCAUCGGAUGGCUCCAACUCGUCGUUGCACCCGGAAACGAUCUUAUCAGCAACGUCUUCGAGAUUGGAGCAUCGGUUAUCACCAGCUUUGCGGCGCGCGCCCUUGGGUCCAUCCGACAUGACGGGAAAGAGAUCUUCUGCUUCAGUGCCAUGGCUCAGUCUAGUAUUGCCCUCAUCCUACCCGGUUUCAUGGUGCUUUGCGCAUCGCUGGAGCUCCAAAGCAAGCACAUCGUCGCUGGAUCUGUGCGCAUGGUCUACGCUAUCAUCUACUCCCUCUUCCUUGGUUUCGGUAUCACCAUCGGCACUGUACUAUAUGGCAUGAUGGACCACAAUGCCACCUCGCGCACCACAUGCCACGAACCCAUGUCGACCAACUUCUAUUAUCUCUUUGUUCCUGGAUUCGCCAUCUGCCUGCAAAUCGUCAACCAAGCCAAGUACAAGCAGAUGCCCUCCAUGACUGUCAUCGCUUUCAUCGGCUGGGUUGUCAACUUCCACAGCUCAAAGUACUUCAAGAGCAACGCGCAGGUCAGCAACACGCUCGGAGCACUGGCUAUCGGUAUCGCCGCCAACGCCCAUGCUCGCUUCGGUCGUCACAUCGAGAACUGGGGUCAUGACACCUGGGAGAACAAGCUGCGACCCCACUUCGUGAAGGUGCGAAAGAUGUGGCAGAAGAAGAACCACGGACCGCUCACGCUCCGUACUCAAAAGGUCGAGCGAUCGGCUUAUGACCCAACCCACACCAGCAGUGGUCACACAUCACGAGCCAGCUCAGUCAGCGACUUCACACCCCACACUCGCAAGAUUGGCUACGGUCUUGCCGCAGCCGCCAUGUUGCCAGCUAUCUUCGUACAAGUUCCGUCUGGACUCAGUGUUCAAGGCUCCCUCGUAUCGGGUCUGACUUCGGCCGACCAGAUCGUGCGCAACCAGACUGGCAACGCUACGACAAUCAGCAGCGCCGACGUUGGCGGCAGCACAAGCAUCAACUCUAUCGCUCUAGAUGUCGGUUUCUCUGUCAUCCAGAUCGCUAUUGGUAUCACAGUAGGCUUGUUCCUUGCUGCGCUUAUCGUUUACCCGUUGGGCAAGAGAAGGUCGGGGCUGUUCAGCUUCUAG